CUCACAGACUCGCUCGGCGCCUCAAACCGCCAUUUUGGAGUCAGAGAACCGAGAGUCGGCAGCAGCGAGAAGAGAGACGGAAAAGGGGACACGGGGCUGAGGGGAUUUUCACCACCGUCUGAUCAUUAAUCUUGGAAUCAAGAACAAUGGCAUCCUUUACUGAGAAGUAAAAGUUGCUGCCCUGCCGGGCAGAGGUGUCUGUGGUGCAUGGCGUCAGGUCAGGGUGGCCAACCGGAGGCCGGGGCAUCAGGGAGCUCUGGCCUGGCCAAACCUCUCUACCUGCAGCGCUUGGAAAGAUCCCUGAGGUUGGACAGUUUCCUGCGCCAGACAGCCACCAUCUUCAACGGCGACAAAACCAGUGAUGACAGUGAUGACAGCGAUGACAGCAAUGGUGCGCUGGGGACGGGGCUGUCCCUGGACCCCUCACUCAGUCAGCAUACAGCUGUUACAGUGAAGAGUGAGUCAUGUGAGCAGGGGGACAGGUUGUCAGAGGGAAAGCCCCUCAACGGGGUUCUGCUGCAGGGUAAAGACCAAAAGGCAGAUAAAACAAACCUCUACAAUUUCUCCAAGCUGAAGAAGAACAGGAAGUGGCUUAAGAGUAUUCUGUUGAGUGACGACACCACAGACUCGGACACGGACUCGGAUGACUCUGACUUCAGCUUGUCCCGGGAGGAGCUGCAUGACAUGCUGAGGUUACACCGCUACACCCGGCAGCAUCAGAGCAAGUUCCACUCUGACCGGGAGCUUCACCAAUAUCAGUACUACAGCACUGGACUCCUCUCUACCCAUGACCCCUUCUAUGAGCAACAGCGCCACCUACUGGGCCCGAAGAAGAAGAAAAUCAAAGAUGAGAAGAAAUUCAAGGCCAAACUGAAAAAAGUGAAGAAGAAGAAGAAACGGGGAGAGGGAGAGUUUCUGGAUGAUGGGCGUCCUUACAUCACCAAGAUCUUCGCAAAGUUUUCCCAUGAUGCCCCGCUGCCCAUAGUGAAGAAGAAGCAUCUCACCAUUGAGCAGCUGAAUGCACGGCGACGCAAGGUCUGGCUCACCAUCGCUAAAAAGGAGAUUCCCAAGACUUUCAAGCAGAAGACGUCUGCUAAGAACUUAGUAAUGACCAAUGCUAAAAAGUUGGCUCAUCAGUGCAUGAGAGAGGUUCGCCGUGCAGCUAUCCAGGCCCAGAAGAACUGCAAGGAGACGUUACCCCGCGCUCGCCGCCUCACCAAGGAGAUGAUGCUUUACUGGAAGAAAUAUGACAAAGUGGAGAAGGAGCACAGGAAGAGGGCAGAGAAGGAGGCUCUGGAGCAACGCAAACUGGACGAAGAGAUGAAAGAAGCCAAGCGUCAGCAGCGUAAACUGAAUUUCCUCAUCACCCAGACAGAGCUGUAUGCUCAUUUCAUGGGCGGUAAAGCCAGCAUGGGGGGUCCAGAAGGGGACAUGUCUCAGGAGGAAAUUCUGAGAAAGCUGGAAGACACUGCGGCGCACAGACAGAUUGACAUUGGGGGAGGUGUGAUGGUCAACAUGGGACAGGAGGACUAUGCUGAUUGCAAUGCGAUUUCAGAUAGCGAUUAUUACAAGUCCCAGGCCUUGAGGAACGCUAAAGAAGCCUUCCAGAUUCAUCAAGAGAGAACGCGGAUGUUUGAUGAGGAGGCUAAGGACAGUCGCAGCGCGUCUGUACGUGCAGCAGGCUCAUCCUCGGGCUCUGGGUUCGGAGAGAGCUACAGCCUCGCCAACCCGUCCAUCCAUGCAGGUGAAGAAAUUCCUCAGCCCACCAUCUUCAACGGCAAACUCAAGGGUUACCAACUCAAGGGCAUGAACUGGCUGGCCAACCUCUAUGAACAGGGAAUCAAUGGAAUCCUGGCAGAUGAGAUGGGACUGGGGAAGACGGUGCAGAGCAUUGCCCUGUUGGCACACUUAGCAGAGAGAGACAACAUCUGGGGUCCAUUCCUGAUCAUCUCCCCUGCAUCCACGCUCAACAACUGGCACCAGGAGUUCACCCGCUUUGUGCCCAAAUUUAAGGUGUUGCCAUACUGGGGGAAUCCACACGAUCGCAAGGUGAUUCGGAAAUUUUGGAGCCAGAAAACCCUUUACACUCAGAAUGCACCGUUCCAUGUGGUGAUCACGAGCUACCAGCUGGUGGUCCAGGACGUCAAGUACUUUCAGAGGGUCAAGUGGCAGUACAUGGUUCUGGAUGAGGCCCAGGCACUGAAAAGCAGCACCAGCGUUCGGUGGAAAAUCCUUCUGCAGUUCCAGUGUCGAAACAGACUGCUGCUCACCGGGACGCCCAUCCAGAACACGAUGGCUGAGCUGUGGGCCCUGCUGCACUUCAUCAUGCCUACAUUGUUUGAUUCCCAUGAAGAGUUUAACGAGUGGUUCUCCAAGGACAUCGAGAGCCACGCUGAAAACAAGUCUGCCAUCGACGAGAACCAACUUUCCAGACUGCACAUGAUCCUCAAGCCUUUCAUGCUGCGCAGAAUUAAGAAGGAUGUUGAAAACGAGCUCUCAGACAAGAUCGAGAUCCUGACCUACUGCCAGCUGACAUCCCGGCAGAGGCUGCUCUACCAGGCUCUGAGGAACAAGAUCUCCAUCGAGGAUCUGCUGCAGUCCUCCAUGGGCUCGGCCCAGCAGUCCCACACCACCACCUCCUCCCUCAUGAACCUGGUCAUGCAGUUCAGGAAGGUGUGUAACCACCCUGACCUGUUUGAGCGCCAGGAGACGCGCUCUCCUUUCCACAUGUCCCUUAAGCCCUACACCAUGUCCAAGUUCCUGUUCCGUCAUGGCCUCAUCCACGCACACAACCAGGCCAGAAACAAAUUACUUCAAGUGCUGUUGUCUCCCUUCUCCCCAAAUCACAUCCAGCAGUCUCUCUUUCACAGAAAAGGUGAUGACAAAGGAAGCUGUUUCUCCUUCCUGCGCUUCAUCGACGUGUCACCGGCUGAGAUGUCCAAUCUCAUGCUGCAAGGAACCUUAGUAAGAUGGUUAGCCCUUUUUCUCUCGCUCAAAGCUGCAUAUCGGCUCCACCAUCAGCGCCUCUUCGGCCUUGAAGGAGAGGGUCAGGAGGAAGCCAGAGACUCGCAGGUGGGGAGGGGGGGGUUACAGCCCCUGUCUCGCAAGGACCUAAUUCUGUGGCUGAACAGACCCACCAAUUUCCCAAACACGCACACCAGCCCCGUUGUACAGGACCUGGUGUUCACAGCCUUAAGACCCGGCAUGAUGGGACACACAGACGUGACCAUCCACAGUCGAAACUCUUCCACCUCUACGCUGCGGCCCUGCCAGCUCACACUGCCACCCAAGUUCCUGCUAGCCGCCACGCCCAGGGUGACAGCAGUUCCCAUGGAGCGUUAUUGUGACGACCGCAGUGCCGAGUACGAGUGGCGGCUGACGCGCAGCGGAGGGGGCGCGGUGUUCAAACAGUGUUUCCUCUACGGCUCCCCGGAACUUGCUUCUGACUGGCUGGCGAGGGCCAAUGCUUUCCACCCACAGUGCCCCGGGGGUGUGAUGGCCCUCUACCCGCGGCAUGGAUGGUCCUCCAUCCGGAUACCCGAUAAGGAGAGCCUGAUCACGGAAAGUGGAAAGCUCCACACCUUGGAUAUCCUGUUGAGUCGGCUAAAGACCCACGGACACAGAGUCCUCAUCUACUCCCAAAUGACCCGCAUGAUAGACCUACUGGAGGAGUACAUGGUUUAUCGUAAGCACACCUACAUGCGGCUCGAUGGAUCGUCCAAGAUUUCUGAACGCAGAGACAUGGUGGCUGACUUCCAGAGCCGGACGGACAUCUUUGUCUUCCUGCUGAGUACGAGGGCUGGAGGGCUCGGCAUUAACCUGACCGCUGCUGACACUGUCAUCUUCUACGACAGCGACUGGAACCCCACGGUGGACCAGCAGGCCAUGGACAGAGCUCACAGGCUGGGUCAGACCAAGCAGGUCACCGUCUAUCGACUCAUCUGUCAGGGGUCCAUCGAGGAGAGGAUCCUGCAGCGGGCCAAGGAGAAAAGCGAGAUCCAAAGGGUGGUGAUCUCUGGAGGCAACUUCAAACCAGACUCACUCAAACCCAAAGAGGUGGUCAGCCUGCUAUUGGACGACGAUGAGCUGGAGAAGAAACCCAUUGUGUCUUCUCCUGUAGUGCGUCAGAGACAGGACGAGAAGAGGCAGGUGGAAGAGUGCAGCAAGGUGAAGGAGCGCAAGAGGAAGAGGGACAAGUACGCCGAGAAGCAGCAGAAGAAGAACGAGGAGACCGAGACCAAGAAGAAGAGGGAGGUGAACCUGGUCAUCUCUCAUGCGCCCUCGGGAGACAACUCCAACCUCUCUGCAGACGGAGACGACUCCUUCAUCAGCGUUGAGAUGGACUCGGCCAUGCCCAGUCCCUUUAGUGAGAUCUCCCUGAGCAGCGAGCUCCAGCCCGGCUCGUUACCUCCGGACGCCGACGCGGACGAGAGCAGCAGCGACAUGCUGGUCAUCGUGGACGAUCCGGUGUCCUCUGCGCCGCAGUCUCGCGCCACCAACUCCCCCUCCUCCGUGUCUGGAUCCGUCUCUGACAACAUGAACGGCGUUUCAGCCUCGGAAACAAUCAGUCCCGGCAGAGGCAGGUCUGGGCGGAGUCGGGGGCGGCCGAAAGGAUCCGGAGGCGGGUCGAAGUCGGGAGGGAAAGGACGUGGGCGCAAGUCAACGGCGGGCAGUGCGGCGGCCAUGGCAGGAGCGAUGGCCGGUGCGGCGGCUGCUUCUGCGGCAGCUUACGCUGCUUACGGUUACAGUGUUUCUAAAGCAGGCCUCGCUGCGUCCAGCCCCCUGCAGCCUUCCCUGGGCCGGUCCGGUACUAGCCCCGCCUUCAACCCCAGCAGGAGCUCCUCCCCCCAGGCCAAAGGAGGCGCCUCUACGCCGAGCCCCCACAAACAGCUCGCCCCCAGCCACCACCACCACCACCACCACAGCAGCCACGGCGCAGUCAGGAAGGGCAAGGGCCCCGGUGGUCCUGGGGCUCGAUGAUGCACACUGUACACACACACACACACACAAAUGUGCCCACACACACACUCCGUAUAGAACACACACAGAUAACUGACCUACUCUCACUGUGAUCCCCACAGACGCCCUAUGCCUAAACUAACAUGAAAUACAGUAGAUAGUAACAGAGGCUCACUACCUGGAGGACCAUGCUGUGUCUGCUGGCUCAGCAACUAAAAUUACCCUCUUCACACCUACGCGCACACACACACACACACAAUCAUUUGAAGGUACAGUCCCUACCAGCCUCCACAUUUCUUGGUUCAGUUUUAUUUUAACGUGUCCGGGUCAGCGGACAAAAUCCGCCUUGAGUAUUUUUGUUUGCAUUGCAGCAAGAGUAUUUCCAAGUGCUUCUCUGAGAAGACCGACUGUACUUUUCUCGCCGUGACAGGAAAUUCUUCGAUUGGCUACCGAGCUGUGACAACAUAAAAGUGAACCGACACGUGUAGCUUCAAGGGCUUUGAAAUGUUUUGCCAGUUUAGGGAGGCAAAGGAGUCACUGUCAAAUGCACUGAGCCACGUCUUCCUUCUUCUUUUUCUUUUGUUUGUUUGUGUUGUUAAUUCUCACACAUGUACAUUAGGUUAUUUAAUUGUUGUGUAGAUAUGCUCAGUGCAAACCGGUGGAUGGUUCUUCAUUUCACAGAGCUGUGAACCGUAUACCUUACCACCCCACACUUUACCAAACGAUAGCUCGACAGCUUUUCUACUAAAGCGCCUAUUUUUGUAAUAGAUGAUGCGUGCGAGUACCCAUACCAACAUGGCAGGUCUUAACAUUUUGCAAAUCUUUUGUCUUUUGGAAAUUAAAAUCGAUGAUAUAUUUUUUUUUGUCCAAUGGGAAAAUGAACGAAUGGAUGAUGUGAAAAUUAUAUUCCAAAACGAGGCGUACUGGUUGAUCCGGCAAUGCUGCUAACAGUAAAUUUAUCAAUUCACUCAGAUUAUUUGGUUGUCUUUAUUUAAGUUAUUUGAGUUGUAUUAAAGCAAAAAAUGGGCAAUUCAUGAUCGUUGCGAAUGAGGGUAUUCAUCUGUAAAACUGUGUAAAUUGUUCUGAAGCCAUUUUUACUUGUCAGAGAUUGCUUUUUGUGAUGAGGAGUCUGCGGUUCUCUUUGAUGUCAUUGAUGUUUUAGCAACAAACGUUUGCAUCAGUGUCCUGAGUUGAGCACUACAUCUGUUACAGGCUUGUUUGUUUUGUGUUAAUAGUGUGAUUAAAAUUCGAUGUUCUAUAUUGCUGUACAUAUUGAUGAGAGCGACAUUUCCUUUGGCUUUUCCCUCAUUUGCCUGUCUAUUUUUAUAGGUCAUGUGUACAUAUGAAGAAAUGCAUCUGCCAUUUUACUAACAGGAGGAGCCAACUGAAAAUAAAAGACUGCUUACUCA